AUGGAAGUGGAAGCAGAGUCCGGGGACGGAGAAGAAGAGAAGAACAGAGUGAAUGGGGACAGGCGUGAACUUGAAAUGAAGGGGAAGGAAAGGGAAGAAGAAAGGCGGGGUGCAGCAAACCCCAGAGGGGAGAGAAGGAUGAAGCAAAGAAACGGGAUGAAGGAAAGGAAAGCGGAAGAGGUCGAGGAGGGGAAGAAAGGCGUGAAAAUGAGAGAGAAGACUGAAGGUGGGUGGUGGAAGUGUGGGGUGUUGAAGGAAGGGGGUGGGGUGCAGAACAACUGUGAGGUGGGGGGAAGAGAAGAAAAGCAAAGAAGCUGGGGAGAGAGAGGAUAG